CUCCCAUUAUGGCGGAAGGACCAGCCGUGCGGAUGGACCGUCUCUCCCACUCUGAUGCCUGUUUUGUGUCUUGAGGGAGAGGUUUUAUUUUUAUGUUUUUUACGUUUCCCCGCAACCGCCCGGCGUCCUUUCAACUAGACUUAGACUCUCGUCGGCGAAGUCAUGGCAGACCGCGGCGUGGAUUUGUCCGCCCUGCCAAAAGAGGUUAGAGACCAGUUGGCGGAGUUGGAUCUGGAGCUGUCUGAAGGUGACAUCACGCAGAAGGGCUAUGAGAAGAAGAAAGCCAAGCUGCUGGCCUCCUACAUCCCCCAUUUGCCAAAUGUGGAUCUGUCUCUGCCAGAUGUACAGCUUUCCCCGAGCCACAGUGCCGACCCCAGCCCGAGUCCUGAGGCCCCGGGCCCCUCCACCUCUUCAGCCUCCAAACACCAUCGUGCACACCGCAGUGGAGGGGCCAGGGAUGAGCGCUACAGAUCAGAUAUCCACACAGAAGCUGUGCAGGCAGCACUGGCAAAACACAAAGAAGAGAAGAUGGCACUGCCCAUGCCAACCAAGAGGCGCUCAGCAUUUGUCCAGUCUCCCAUAGAUACCUGCACACCUCCAGACACAUCUUCUGCAUCAGAGGAUGAAGGCUCACUGCGCAGAAAGGCAGCUCUCACUGCAGUCCUAGCCCAGAGCCUGCAGAGCCCUGAUUACUGGAUCAACCGCUCCGUCCAAAGCUCUUCCACGUCCUCAUCUGCUUCCUCCACACUCUCCCAUGGAGAGCCCAAGACCCAGCCACAGCCCCAGCCGCAGCCUGCUGCCUCCGUGUUAGCUGACGUACUGGCCCACACACGUAUAGAAAACAGUGUACCCCCAGAUGUGACAUCCUCCACUCCACAGGAGAGAGGAUCCAGGGUGGACCUUCCCCCAGCAGUCAGGGGCAUGAGCCGAGGACAGAGUCGCUCCAGCAUGCUGGAUACUGCUGACGGAAAAAGAAAAGGCGUGCCUGUCAACAGCAGGGUGUCCACGAAGAUCCAGCAGCUGUUGAACACGCUCAAACGGCCCAAAAGGCCACCACUCAGCGAAUUCUUCCUGGAUGACUCUGAGGAAAUUGUAGAAGUUCCCCAGCCAGACCCCAACACCCCGAAGCCUGAGGGACGUCAAAUCAUUCCAGUGAAGGGUGAGCCCCUCGGAGUGGUCAGUAACUGGCCUCCUGCCCUCCAAGCUGCCCUCGCCCGCUGGGGGGCCACCCAGGCCAAGAGCCCUGCCCUCACUGCUCUGGAUAUUACUGGCAAACCCCUCUACACCCUCACGUAUGGCAAACUAUGGAGUCGCAGUCUGAAGCUGGCCUAUACGCUGCUGAACAAACUGGGCACUAAGACUGAGCCUGUCCUACAACCUGGAGAUCGGGUGGCGCUGGUGUAUCCAAACAGUGAUCCUGGCAUGUUCUGGGUGGCUUUUUAUGGCUGUCUGUUAGCUGAGGUCAUCCCUGUGCCCAUUGAGGUGCCGCUGUCUCGACAGGAUGCAGGCAGCCAGCAGAUCGGUUUCCUAUUGGGCAGCUGUGGCGUGAGUUUGGCGCUGACCAGUGAGGUGUGUCUCAAAGGGCUGCCCAAGACACCAAAUGGAGAGAUCAUCCAGUUCAAAGGAUGGCCAAGGAUGAAAUGGGUAGUGACAGACACCAAGUACCUGACCAAACCAUCCAAAGACUGGCAGCCUCACAUCCCCACUGCCAACACAGACACCGCCUACAUCGAGUACAAAGCCAGUAAGGAGGGAACGGUGAUGGGAGUCGCUGUGUCCAAGAUCUCCAUGCUGACCCAUUGUCAAGCCCUGACACAAGCCUGUAACUACUGUGAAGGCGAGACGCUGGUCAACGUGUUGGACUGUAAGAAGGAUAUGGGCUUGUGGCACGGCGUCUUAACGAGUGUCAUGAACAGAAUUCACACCAUUACUGUGCCAUAUGCUGUCAUGAAAGCCUGUCCCAUGUCCUGGGUGCAAAGGGUCCACAUUCACAAAGCACGUGUGGCCUUGGUGAAGUGCCGUGACCUCCACUGGGCCAUGAUGGCCCACAAGGACCAGAAGGACACCAACUUGUCCUCUAUACGUAUGCUGAUAGUGGCUGACGGAGCCAACCCAUGGUCUGUGUCGUCGUGUGAUGCCUUCCUGAAUGUGUUCCAGUCUCAUGGUCUGAAGCCUGAGGUCAUUUGUCCAUGUGCCACCUCCCCUGAGGCCCUGACUGUGGCUAUACGCAGACCUGGUGCACGAGGAGCUCCACUACCAGCCAGAGCCAUCCUGUCCAUGGGCGGGCUCAGCCACGGGGUGAUCAGGGUGAACACAGAAGACAAGAACUCAGCUCUCACUGUGCAGGAUGUGGGCCACAUUAUGCCUGGAGCUCUGAUGUGCAUCGUGAAACCAGACGGGCCUCCUCAGCUGUGCAAGACAGAUGAGAUUGGAGAGAUUGUGAUCAACUCUCGGGCUGGAGGCACCAUGUACUACGGCCUGCCUGGUGUCACCAAAAACACAUUUGAGGUGAUCCCUGUCAACCAAGCUGGGGCACCCAUUGGAGAAAUUCCUUUCAGUCGGACCGGUCUGCUUGGAUUCGUGGGACCGGGGAGUCUGGUGUUUGUUGUGGGGAAGAUCGAGGGGCUCCUGAUGGUUAGCAGCCGACGCCACAAUGCUGACGACCUGGUGGCCACCGCGCUGGCAGUGGAGCCUGUCAAAACAGUUUACAGAGGGAGGAUUGCUGUGUUCUCGGUGACAGUGUUUUAUGAUGAGAGGAUAGUGAUCGUGGCAGAGCAGAGGCCUGAUGCAAGUGAAGAAGACAGCUUCCAGUGGAUGAGUCGAGUACUGCAGGCCAUCGACAGCAUCCACCAAGUUGGCCUGUACUGUCUUGCACUCGUCCCAGCCAACACCCUCCCAAAGACGCCACUCGGAGGCAUCCACAUCUGUGAAACCAAGCAGAACUUUCUGGAGGGAAACCUGCACCCCUGCAAUAUCCUCAUGUGCCCUCACACCUGUGUUACAAACAUGCCCAAGCCCCGGCAGAAGCAACCAGUGGACGUCGGUCCGGCUUCUAUGCUGGUCGGCAACUUGGUGGCAGGAAAACGGAUUGCCCAGGCUACAGGCAGAGAGCUGGGUGUGGUGGAGGACCAGGAUCUCAUUCGCAAGCACCAGUUCUUGUCUGAAGCUCUGCAGUUUAGGGCCCAAACCGACCCUGACCAUGUUCUGUAUGUGCUGCUCAACGCAAAGGGGGUAGCAGUGUGCACAGCCACCUGUGCUCAACUACACAAGAGAGCAGAGAAAAUCACGGCUACCUUAAUGGAGAGAGGAGGCCUCAACACAGGAGACAAUGUGGUGCUGCUUUAUCCCCCAGGUAUUGACCUGAUAGCUGCCUUCUAUGGCUGCCUCUAUGCGGGCGUCAUCCCUGUGACAGUGAGGCCGCCACACCCACAGAACCUGGCUGCUACUCUCCCCACUGUCCGCAUGAUCAUCGAUGUGAGCAAAGCAGCCUGCAUCCUCACCACUCAGCCUCUGAUGAGGAUCCUCAGGUCCAGGGAGGCUGCUGCCAGCGUCAACGUCAAAACGUGGCCCACGAUCAUCGAUACAGAUGAUCUCCCCAGAAAGCGGCCUCCACACAUCUAUAAACCUCCAACAGCUGAGAUGCUGGCCUACCUGGACUUCAGUGUGUCCACCACAGGCAUGUUGACUGGAGUAAAGAUGUCUCAUGCUGCCGUCAGCACUCUGUGCCGUUCCAUUAAGCUGCAGUGUGAGCUCUACUCCUCACGCCAAAUAGCCAUCUGCCUGGACCCAUACUGUGGCCUGGGCUUCGUCCUGUGGUGCCUCUCCAGUGUUUACUCAGGUCACCAGUCCAUCCUUAUUCCUCCCCUGGAGCUGGAGAGUUCGCUGCCUCUGUGGCUGAGCACGCUCAGUCAGUACAAGAUCAGAGACACCUUCUGCUCGUACUCUGUCAUGGAGCUGUGCACCAAAGGCCUGGGAACCCAGACUGAGAUGCUGAAGGCUCGGGGUCUGAAUCUGUCAUGUGUGCGGAGCUGUGUGGUGAUAGCAGAGGAGCGGCCUCGCCUCGCUCUCACGCAGUCCUUCUCCAAGCUCUUCAAAGACCUCGGCUUGUCGUCACGCGCCGUCAGCACCGCCUUCGGCUCCAGGGUCAACCUGGCCAUCUGCCUGCAGGGCACUGCUGGACCAGACCCCUCCACUGUCUACGUUGACAUGAAGUCCCUGCGUCACGACAGGGUGAGGCUCGUGGAGCGAGGAGCACCACAGAGUCUUCCUCUCAUGGAGUCAGGCACUAUCCUACCGGGAGUGAGGGUCAUCAUCGUCAACCCAGAAACCAGAGGCCCGCUGGGAGACUCACAUCUUGGGGAGAUCUGGGUGAACAGCCCUCACAGUGCCAGUGGCUACUACACCAUCUACGGAGAGGAGAGCCUGCAGGCGGAUCAUUUCAACACCAGACUGAGCUUUGGGGAGCCCCACACUCUGUGGGCCAGGACGGGCUACCUGGGCUUCAUCAAGAGAACUGAGCUGCUGGAUGCAAGCGGAGAUCGCCAUGAUGCCUUGUUUGUGGUGGGCUCCCUUGACGAAACAUUGGAGCUGAGGGGUUUGCGUUACCACCCCAUCGACAUCGAGACGUCCGUGUCCCGAGCCCACCGCAGCAUUGCAGAGAGUGCUGUGUUUACGUGGACCAACCUGCUGGUGGUGGUGGCAGAGCUGAGCGGCUCGGAGCAGGAAGCCUUGGACCUGGUGCCCCUCGUCACCAACGUGGUCCUGGAGGAGCACCACCUCAUCGUCGGGGUGGUGGUCAUCGUGGACCCCGGGGUGAUCCCCAUCAACUCCAGAGGAGAGAAGCAGAGGAUGCAUCUGCGAGACUCCUUCCUGGCAGACCAACUGGACCCCAUCUACGUGGCCUACAACAUGUGAACGCCCUUCGCCGAGCGAUGCAGAAAACUGAGCCAGGCUCUGAGAACAGACACGAGGGAGAAGGACCAGUAGCAACCCCCAACGUUAAAGCUCAGACACAUUCAAAACACCGAACAAUGUGGGAAUGCAAGAACGGCCCUGUAACAACAACAUGCUUCCCUCUCAGAAAAUGCUCCUCCUUUGCUUCCACCUGUUCGAUCGCUGCAGUCCAGGUUCACUGAGAUCUCUGCUGUGGGGGGGAAGAUAUUAUCUCUCCUCUUGAUAGUAGACAUAUCUGUCAGCUGGAUGAAAUCUGAUCUUCAUCCCACUCCUCCCUCAUCGAUCCAGGUCAUGUUUUUUUUAAGACUAUUUCAAUUACAUACUUUUAUCGGAGAAAGAGAAAAACCUCCCCUCAUUCCAUUCCUUUGUUUAUAUCCUGAUCCAUACAUCGUUGUGUGCUUGUUUUUUUGUUGUUUUUGUUUGACCCCCUCUAUUCUUGAAGGCGGGAUGGCGCACUGGAACUUCCCCCCUUUGCACUUUAGGUCCUCUUCACCCCUGAGUUCACUUUCUGUCUCACCUGCCUCAAGGGGACACCCCCCAUGUCUGCUGCUUUCACAAGAGCAAAUCCACGUCAGUAUUAAAAAAAAAACAAAAAAACAAAGUGCCACCAGCAAGUGCAGCCUGCAGCGGCAGUCCUGACAUAUUACCUUCCUAGCAGGUGCACCGUGGCUCUCACCUCUCAUCACAUACUGUAUUUGCCAGCAGAUGUGGCGUCGGCAUUCACGUGCUACACAAAAAUGUCCCAAAAAUACACUUGAAUUGCCUGUUGGUGUGGGAAAAGAAAGACUAGCCUUGUACAAACCUGGAUCGUAAAGAUGAAACAGAUUCUUCAUUUUCAGUGUGAGUAGGACAGUUAGAUAGUUCGUAUGAUUGUGGUAGUGCUAAUAACCUUUUUUUAUAAAGGCACCAAUUUUUCAGAACAAGGUUUGAAGCUAUAACGGAUGUUUAGGUGUGCAUUUGGGUUAAAAAGGAGAAAAAACAAACUACUGUAGCAAGCCGAGGAGUCUCAUAGCAGUUGGUUUUCACUGCCUUCGCUGGAUGUUUAACUCCAGUGUGUGCCUCUCGUGUGUUAGCAUUCACAGCGUCACAGCUCUUAACAUCUAUUUCCCCCUAUAAAUAAAUACCUGGUGUUAUCUGGAACACAUAAUAGUAACAGCUAGUUAUCUCUAAGACUUUUGUCAGUCAUCUUGAUGAAUAAACAGACCAAGUGUUGCAUACUGAAAAACAUUUUGAACCCAGUUUAGAGUUUAAUAUCCUCAUUCACUUAGCUUAAAAGUACAUCUUGCCCACGCAAGCAUAUGAUUCUGUAUUAAAACAUUACACAAUACCAGUAUAAUAGAGAAUUAUUAUUAGAAUUUGGACUGUAAUAGAGGAGAUAUAGGUAGUUUCUGGCAGCCAUCUUGGGAAACUGGUUAAAACAACAAUUGUGCAGCAAACAUGGUUUUCAUUUAAUUGGUGACGAAUCUUUAAGGCUUCUGGAACAUCUUUAGAACUACAGUGUGUGUGUUGAGUGUGUGUGUGUGUGUGUGUGUGUGUGUGUGUGUGUGUGUGUGUGCUGGUAAACAACCUUCUGGAUUUUUCAAACAUUACUGGAUUUCUAGUUUCAGGAAAAUGUGAAGCUUUGUGACUCAGAUGUAACAGCAAUACAGGACAGGCGCUAACGGGUGUCGGCAGAGCAGGCAGGUUUAACGGUUCAUUCUUUAAUCUGAAAACAGCAGUUGACAAAAAAAAUGUUGUAUUUCCAAAGUCCUGCACGUGCUCAGACCCGGCUGCUGAUGAAGACGGUUAGAAGUCCUGUAACAAGUUAGCAAGUGGGCCUUGGAUUUAUUUAUUUUUUUGUCAAAAGCUGGUUUCACAGGAUGAUUCACUGUUUUCUGGCUUGAACCGAGGUUCUGAAGUGAGCUGACAGCUUUUCGGUCAGUGUGUAGUUUUUCCCAACUGAAAUCGAAGAGCAUCUUUCAUUUAAUGCCGCAGUCGAUUAGAUAAAUCAUCAGAAGGCAAGUCAGUGCCUUUUACCAUUUUGACAUUCAUGGUUUUUGGAGUAUGACUGAUCUGAAAAAAUAAGAUAUCAAGAAUGAGGAGAGAACGUUGCCUUACUAAACCUGUGGAACUUCUGUGCUUGUGUAUUUAAAGAACAGUUCCACCAAAUCAGACACCAGGUUUUAACUGAAAACACGCUCAUAUCACAUAUUUUUUAGAGGAAGGGGGGGGUGUCUUGUUUUGUUUUUUGUUUUUUUUAAAUUUGUGGUCAUGCCUUUCUGAUUUGAACAUUACCGCCAUUAUUUAAACCAAUUCUUUCUGAAUGUCUGUAACACUGAGAAAAAAAUAAAUAAAUUAAGAACAAUCCGUAAACAACCUGUGAUUUAAAAAUCAUCCUUGAAAAGAAAAAGUACAAUAAAUGAGGGUAAAGAUGUCUGUAUACUGUAUUUUAGAGGUCAGAUACUGUAUUACUGGUGUUCAUGUGUACAUGGAAAUGAAUUCUGUAGAUAAAAACUUGACUGAUCUUUCAUACUUGACAGCAUUUUUCUGCAUUGUUAAUUUAAUCCUAUCACACUGCAAAAGACACAAAAAAGGUUUCCGAUUAUUUGCGCAGGAACAAUGUGCACUUUCCCAAUAUCAUUUUAUGUGUGUGUGUGUGUGUCCAUGAGGGAGUGUGUGUCAGCGAGUGAGUGUGUGUUCAGUUUAAUGGUGAUAUUUGGCUUUUAUGGUGCAACAAGGUUUGUCUUUUGUAAGAAAUUUAUCCCAAAAUAUUGAACCAUUUUUUUUUUUUAAUUUCUAUUUUUUUUUUUAUGUCGCCUCCACUGUAUUUUUACUCUCUCCAUCCAGAAUUGGAAUUUAAUAUAUUUUGUAGGGGUUUCAUGAAUAUUUUUCCUGAUGUAAUCUUUCUUUGGAGCUGCACAACUUCUGCUGGUUUGACUCUGAAGCAGCUUGACAUUCAGCGCAACGCAUCGAUAAACCACUUCUCACUCGUGUGUGCGAGCCAGUAAGUUAGAGUUACUCAUGAAUAACGAAGAGAAGCCUCAGAGCUCCUGUGUGACAAUUGCUUUGUCGCUACUGUUUCACUCCAAUGAGUUUUAAUAAAGUUUUAUAAUUUCAUGUUGGCCUUCAAGCCUUUUCAAUAGACAUUGGUGCUAUUCAAUAAGGGAAGUUGCCAGUUCUUUUUUUUUUUUUUUUUUAUCCUCCAAUGUCAUUACAAAAAGGUUUCUUCCUAGAGGCCCUUUUUGUGUGAAAAUCGGUCGUUCUUUUUCCAUGCCAACAUCUUUAAAGUUUUCGCUCACUCCAUUCUGAAACUGUUUGUCAUCAAGUCGGAAUAAAUAAAAAAAAAUCUCUUAAAAGGCAACUCAACAUGGACAAUGCAACCUGACAUAUCCGCCGUUUCCAUUUGAGUAGAUGCUUCAGUUGCGUUGAGAGGAACGGCGUGCGUACAUUUCAAACCUCCAAAGUUAUUCUAAGCACAAAAUGUACAUGUGAGGUAAUGAAAUUUGGAUCUUUCACACAAAAUAGAAAAAUCUCAAGGGCCCACAAUGUAUACCUCAACAAUUGUCUGUUCACUAUGCAUCGUCGAGCUGCAGCAAAGACAUUCUGAACUAGUCAAUGGUGCGAUAACUUCUAACAACAUGUCUUACUUGACAAAAACACUGUCACACUGUCAUUGGAUGUGUUUCAUGUCAAAUAAAUAAAAAAAAAUGCUUUGUCAGAA